AUGUGUGACCUCACAAACGAACGUCUGUGUCAGCCCUAUUCCACAGGAUACAGAAGUGACGUUGAUCACCUGAAGGGUUUGGAACUCGACAGUUUGAGCGUCUUACUGGCAUGUGUCGAAAUCAGCGCAGAUCCUCUGGACAGAGGUUCAAAUUGCUUGCUCUACUGUCAUGAAAGCUAG